GUGUGAGAUGCGCUCGAGCUUCAUCUGCACGGAGACGAUGGAUGAGUUUUGAAACGAGCGGCGAACCGGAGCGAGUUAGCCAAACAGGGAGAGCUGACCUGCAGUAUGGGGAACUACUCUGGCAAGGAGCGGCAUGGAUCCCCAGGUACUCCCUCUGACUCAUUCCAGACUCCUCCCACCUCUCCUCUUACACUCAUUUUACCCCCCAAAACACACCCACUUUCCAGCCCCGCCCCCUCAGACCCCACUCCCACGCCUGGCGGGACAUCCUGCCCCGUGAUUGGCCCAGGAGGCUCGCCAUCAGCAGAAAAAACAGGAAGUGAACACUUGAAGGCCCCUCCGUCUCCCAAAAAGGUCAACAGCCUUCCCGUAAGCCCCUGCAGGCAGAGGAGCCUGGAAGACAGCAGUGUGAGUACUACUGUAGCUCCACCCACUGUGACUCUACCUACUGUAGACCCAGCGACUGUGACUCUACCUACUGUAGCCCCACCCUCUGUAGCUCUGCCCAAGGGCAGCAGUGUGUGCGAGGGAGUGGUGGAGCAGGGGCUCCUGCAGGAGUGUGUGGUCGCCCUGGGCAUCAGCAGUACAGAGGAGAGAACACACACGCUGACAGAUCUGCUGAGGUGUUUUCUGAUGGAGAGGGAGCAGAUGAAGGAGGAGUUGAGGAGUCUGAAGGAAAAAAUACAGACAGAGCGUAGUGAGUGGCUGCAGUUCCAGUCUGACCUGCAGGUGGCGCUGGUGGUGGCGGACAGACUGAGGGCAGAAGCGGAAGAAGACCUGAUCGGGCUCAGAGAGGCGCGGCUGGACUGGGAGAGGCAGCUGUCCGACGCUCAGCAGGGACGGAGGGAGGUUGAAGGUCAAGUGGGGCGGUUAAAGGCAGAACUGGAGCAGUGCAGACAGAGACUGAGCCAAAAGAAGGAACCUCCAGGCCAGCAGGGGGCACCACCAACUCUCCCUAGAGGCAGAGAAAAGGGUUCAGUUGAAGGAUGUUGGAAGAGUUCUGGAAUUGGAGGGAGAUGGAAGGAAGAAAGAGGGAGAGGAGAGAAAGAGAAAGGAGAGAAAGACAGAGAUAGUACAGAAAGGUCAAGAAGCCUAUCCAGACUUCCCUCAGACCCCCCUGCCAAUGUAGUAAAUGGUAUAUCCCAGACAUCUGUACCGCUGACCUCAAGAUCUAUCAGUAAGAACAACAACCCAGCCAGAGAGAGACUGAUUUUGGACCAACAGGACAACCUGAUCAAUUUAUAUAAAGAUAAAAAGGAUGAGACUUUAUCCCAUUUGUCAAGUUCCCCUCUCAUAGAUCUUCCUCCAAACAAGGCCGGCAGGACAAAGCCUCAGGAGGACUUCAGUAAGCUGUUGCGACGUCACGGCGGCUCCAAACGGAACUCAUUACUGCGCUGGUGCCAAAACCGAACCGUUGGAUACUCGAAUAUUGAGAUCACUAACUUCAGCAGCAGUUGGGUGGAUGGUUUGGCCUUCUGUGCAGUUUACCACACCUACCUCCCCUCACACAUACCAUACAACACACUCAGUACAGAGAACAAGAAAGAAAACCUCCUACUGGCGUUUCAAACUGGAGAGAGUGUUGGAAUCCCUGCCUCACUGACAGUGGAGGAGAUGUUGAAAGCCGAGGGUCCCGACUGGCAAAGAGUUCUGGGAUACGUGGAGAGUAUAUAUCGCCAUUUUGAGAUGUGACUCCUCUCCAGACUGAUUGAGAUCCCACAUUGUUUGCUCUGGACCACCUUUGGACCCCUUAGGAUUUCCAGGCAUGUUACAGACGUCUCAGAAGGUCACUAAGGCAUCACUAGUCCACAUUUUCACCCUCCGCAAACUUUAUCCAGUAACCAGCGUCCUGCAGCUGUCCACUGCUGUUUCUGAGAGUGGCUCAGAUUUAGGACAUGCUGGGGGGCCGCUUUGAAGUCUACUUUAAAGGACGACUUUUAUGCAUAGCAUAUAAUGAGGGGAUUCGGGAGUUUCUAAAGCAAACUUGACCCUCAGCUUGAACAAGGAGACUUGUGUUUCUUGUUGCUGUGUGGCGCCCUCUGCUGGUUACAGCAUGAAUGUAUUGUCAUUUUAAAGAAAUAGUUCCGUCAAAAAGGUUUAUGUUGAAAAGCGUAACAGAAAAGGAAUAGCCAUCAAUUAGCAUCAUGCAAAAGAGCCAGUGUCUACUAACCUCCAUUCACUAUUAGCAUCAAGUAGCACGUACUACGGUCAAGUUAUUCCUUUAAGCCUUUUCUCAAUAGAACUCACACUGAGAUGCAGUUUAUGAGAUAAUUUUUGGCAUUUUUGCAUUUAAGUCAAAGCAGCAAUAAUGCAGUACUGUGCCAUCAACUUUUCAACAUUUCUGCAUGAUUAAAUGGUUAAGAUGGCAACAAAGUCAUUUUGAGUGGUUUGAAAACUUACCAAACUUAGAAUUAUUCACUCUGGUGGUGACGGGAACCAGACGUCUGAAGAGUUUACUGCCUCCUAAAGCUCCCUGACAGAAAGUUAUUACAUGAAAUGGUUGUAAAUACAGCUUCUGAUUCCCAAGAUUUUAGUUAAGAGAUAAGGUUUUGGCCUAAAAGAUGUUUUUGUGGUGGAGACUUGAAAUUAUUUUCUAUCUCUAUUUUACCCUCAACAUCAACUUUAGACACAUCUAGGUUCACUGUUCAUUUUGGAUAGUAAAUAAAAUGGCUAUAUUUGUGGUGUGAACAUGGUGACCCCUGGUUCCUAUCAGCACCACUGUAAAGAAAUCUGAGCAAGCUUCGCUACGUUGAACCAUUUCUCAUCAGACCACUCUGGGUGACUUUGUUAAAAUUGAAUUAUACAACUGAAUAAUGCAGAAACUUUGAAAAAUUAAAGUCCCCCUGUGUUAACUUGCAUUUAUUUUGUUAGUGUAAUAUAAUAAGACGUUUGCACUGUGUUGUAAGUCAGGGUCCUUUAAGUCUCAGUGUGUCCAGGCACUGAUCGGGUUAACUGUGCAGCUGGGACCAGCCUGUUGGUUGUGUGCACCACACAUGAAUGAAAGACCACACUAAAUCAUGCCUUGUCUCAUCUCAGCUGUAUUUGAACAACUCUUCUCUGAAUGAGAGGGCCAAAUCUAUCACUCUGGUGCUGCCCAAACAUAAGAUGUCCAAACUCCAAUUCUAGAUGGACACUGGAGCACAAACCUUUUCCUCUGAUCUGGCCCACCUGAUUCAUCGUCUUCAAGUGAUUUUGCAAAUAAUCGAUGUGAACACUUUUCCCCCUUUACCCUGAAUGUAGCUGAACAGCCAAGAUAAGCUUGUCUGUUUACUUCUUCACACUGAAAAAGUGCUGCUUUGAAUUUACUUGAUUUAAACAUUUAAAUCGGUUCCGCAAGAAUACAAGACAUUCCAGCAACACAGUUCUUGCCAGAGGUAAUUACAAUGAGAAGUGCUGAUGUAACAUAUUUCAUUCAUGUAAAACCGAUGCACACAUUUAAAUCUAAUUAUUUCGAAGCAGCUUAGGUUUGAGCUACUUGAGCUACGAAGCUAAUGUAGCUAACAAGCAAUGGAAACUUAAAUGUACAUGUAAAUAGCAUCGUGCAAACCGCAUGUCUGAAUCAUGACACAUUUGCCUCAAACUGAGCUUUUUAUGUCAUAGUUAUAUCAAGAAACAUCGCAAAGACUUAAUUAUAUGGUCUCUGAUACUGUAUGGCAUCCUGUUAUGUAUAAACAUGGUAAAAAGUAUGGAACAGAGUCAAAAACCACAGAACCACUUCAUAUGAGAUUAAUUAAAGGGGAAAUCAUGAGAAACUGAAUAUUCCUGACUUUUUAAAAAAAGGAGUUUGAUGUAUUGUAAAAACAUUGUUUUCAAUUUUUUUUAAAAUUGGUAACGCUUUAUUUGAUGGCUACCUACAUAGGGAUGUCAUAGCGCAUGCAUAAGCACUAAAACUGCAAGACACUGUCAGCUAAAAAAUUAACAUUGUAUUGACAUGAGUUUUGUACUUUAACUCAUAUACAACUCUGUAGUAUUGAUAUAAAUGUCUAACUAGAUCUUCCUUGAUGAUGCUUCAUAAUAUUGUUAUAACUGGAACAACUUAUACCAUUUAAGGUGUCUUAUGUCAGUGCAGUGUCAUUUACUUCAUAGAGCACCUUAUUUUCUCGUGUUUAGUAGCAUAAGCUGGUCAUAAAUACUCAGAUAUUGCUUCAAAAAUAUGUUAUUCAGUGCUUAUGAAUGUGUUAUGUAGGUAGCUUUCAAAUAAAGUGUUGACAAAAAUUCUCUCAGUGCCUGGUCCAUACACUGCAAGAACAGCGUUUUAAAUUCAUUCUUUUGUGAUGUCACAAACCAAUACUUUUUAUAAACACAUUCAGUCUACGCAGUUUAGCCCCACCCAUUAAUGUGAUUUCAUGUGAAUUCAGAACCAUUGGCCAACUGUGCUUGGAAGUGGACCUCUGCAUUUAACCCAUCUGUGUAGUGAAACACCAACAUACAUGCACAUUAGUGAACACACGCACUAGGGGGCAGUGAGCACACUGGUGGGCAGCCCUAUCCAUGGCACUCAGGGAGCAGUUGGGGGUUAGGUGCCUUGCUCAAGGGUACUUCAGUCAUGUACUGACGGCUCAGGGAAUUGAACCAGCGACCUUCUGGCACAAGGCUGGUUCCCAAACCUCCAGCCCACGACUGCCCACACUGACUUUAUAAGGAGUGUUGCAGCCUGAACUGCUUUUUGUAUGAGGCAGCCAAUCACAACAAAGGUGAUUUACGUAUAUCAGUCUUUAGUGACACAGCCUGUUUAAGUGUAAAGGAUAAAUUGAGGUUGGAAAACGGUUGUGUAGAUAUGAAUUAUGGGGGGGGGGGGUUGAAGCAAACGUGAUGGUUCAGACCUGCAGUUUGUACAAUACUAAUUGGUGGGAUAUAACCUUAUAUUACCUGCUAGCAGCUUUGUAGCAAAGCUUCUGAUGCCAUAAUGUAAUGGCUGUUUGAACACAUUUGAGGUGAGGGGGUAACAUUGUGUACAUUUUAUUUGCCGAACUGUCGCUUUCAGCCUUAUCCGGAUCAGGAGUGGCAUUCCAGGCCUGUCCUGCUAUGAAUGUUGGGGGUAAAAGUGCUCCGUCAUGUUCGUACUGUGUGUAUAGUUUUGGUAUCUUACAGACCUCCAUAGAGGCACGUGGACAAAUCAGAGCAAGAAACAGAGAGGAGAGGAACAGUGGGCUUCCAAGUUUACUGCUACUUACUGCUGACCACAUGUGCCAAAAAUGCCAAUAAUCAAAUGCCAAAAAAACUGUUUAUUAAUAAAUAAGUGCCUGUCCAAGUGCCUUUAGUAUGAUGUAGAUGAUGAAAUAUCUUGUGCCAAAGUCAAUUAAUAAUAAUAAUGACAAUAAUAAACAAGUAUUUUCUUUA